GUGCGUGGGCUGCUACGCCAAGCAGAGCAACGCGCCGUUCGCCGACGAGGAGAGGGCCGCGAGGGCUCAGGAUCGCCCCGAGAAGGACAUGGUGAAUAUCAAGAAGGCGGACAUGAGCGCAGUCGUGGAAUCGCAGCGCAAGCAGAACGGGCGCGCCUUCAAUAGCUUCGCGCGGAUGAUCGCCGACUGGCGCCAGUGGCCAGAGCAGUCCUUCAAUUGCUUGGCCAGCCGCCCGGCCGAUCUUCCCGAGCAGGAUGUCGCGAGGCGGGUGGCGGUGGCCGGGGCGUUGGCGGCGAGCGCCAUCCCCAGGGCCCCCUCGGCCCCCGCGGUGGGGGGCAGCGAUGCGGAGAGCGAGGGUCUCAUCGGCGGCUGA